AUGAUAUUUAACAGGUGCGAGCACUGCGCGGAUCCCGUUUACAUCAACGAACGAAUAUUACGCAACGGUUACAGUUAUCAUAGAAAAUGCCAAAAAUGCUAUUUAUGUAGUGAAACAAACUUACAAGAUUCAGAAGUGUUUCAAGGCAUCAUUAUCUGCUCAAGUUGUUCUAACAGAAUCUUCCAUAAUAAUUCACUAUCUCACGGACCUAGUCACAACAAAUUAUCGAAACAAAAAUAUAGAAACAAGAAAAAGCUCAGCUCAGAUCUAACAUCCGACGCAUACCUAGGACAUGACCUCAUUGAACUGGCGAAAAUAGUUGCAUCGAUCUCUAGCAACGCUUCAUCAAAACAUAUUUUAAAAAUAAAUGAAAGCGAUUUUUCCGGACCGAUACGACUUAGGGACCUUCAAGAAAAGAGCGUACUCCUUUUUAAAACGCCGGCAACGCAUUUGCAAUUCCCUCCCUGGUGUUGCAGUUGUUCAUGGGCGGCGGUAGUCGCUUACAAUCAGAAACAUAACUAUUUCAGCGAUAUGAGAAUCGCAGAACUAGGUGCAUCGACAGAAAUCGCUAACAUGGCUCUGCGAAAAAAAUCAUAUUCCAAUCUCGAUAAAGUCAAAUCUGUACCUAGCCUAACAAAGACACCGGUCUCAAACGUGUCCACACUUGACUCAGAUAUUUCCGGUGACGGAAAUAAAACCUGGACGGAGACCACUUACUCUACUUUAUCAUCGUCGCAGAAAAAACAUUGGGUGGAUAGAAGAAUAAGGAGCAUGGUGAAGCUGCCUUUUAAAAGCUUCAAAAGAAAUAUUCUGAGGCGAAGCUCUCUCGUGAGCGAAUUGAUGACCGUCGAAGAGGAUAAAAACAUUUUGAAAAUAAUAAAUAUGUUAUUCCACGAAGAAAUCGCGGAACAUCAUCGUCGUGGAUUGAAAAGGCUGUAUUCCACCAUUAAUAGACGAAAUUCUCCGCAAAAAUUGGGAUGGUAA